AUGGCGACAAAGGAACGAGCGGACAUCCGCGCAGUUACGGCAGCUCUACAAUUCCGACGCUGGCCAUGGGUGGAAGACUGCAUCAGCCUAGUUAUCGCAACGAAUUCACAGUACGUGAUUGAUGGAAUCACAACCCGGGUGGUCGGCUGUUUGAAGAACGAAUGGACGAACGACAUGGGUGACACAGUUGAGAACCAGGACCUAUGGAAGCAUCUACUCAAAUAA